GAUUACGUUGUGCUGACAGUCUUCUUCGACUUGAGCAGAAGGAUGGGUUACUUCACCAUUCAGACCUACAUCCCCUGCACUCUCAUCGUUGUCCUCUCCUGGGUCUCCUUCUGGAUCAACAAGGAUGCUGUGCCUGCUAGAACAUCCUUAGGUAACAACAAAGCAAGGAAAAUCGUAUUCAUAAUUCAUAGAUUUCAAUUGAAUUCAAUAUAAAUAAACAGAGAAUAAAAGAUAGUGAGAAUUCUGCCCUGUAUUUAACCUCUUCAGGUUCACCCCAAAGCAUUCAUUUUCAUAAUCAGCCAACCUAGCCUCAACACAAACAGACAUUGCAGCAUAAUCAGUGAAGUUCAUUAGCAGUGUCAUCCCUAAUUAGUCUCUGCUUCUCAUAACACAGGACUUGUUGUGGUCAGGACCAACCCUCAGCGACCCAGAGAGGCUUCAGUAACUAGUCCAUCUUGAUUAUAUAAGCCACAUAUUUUUUUAUACAUAUCUUAAUUAGACAUUCAUUAUGCAACACAGCAGGGGAGAUGCAGCCUCAGCGUGAAAAUACAGGUGCCCAACUUUGCUUAGGGUAAAAGGGGGAUUUUUAUGCAGAAUAUGUGAACUUUUGAACCUGCCCUUGUCUCCGAAGGGCGGACACCUUCAGAGUAUGUUCUCUUGUAGCUACAUAUUCUUUAGUCAACUCCUUGCCUCUCCAAGCCUCUCGACCCUGAACCCAAGCCCUCACCAGGACCAUUAGACGCAUUGCUGAAUCAAUCCAGGAUACGGACAUCCACUUCCAAUCAGAGAAGAGCUGUUUGACCUUUAGAAACAAUGUUAUACCCUAUUACUGUUAGAGGUUAACUUAUUAUUUUAUUUAUUGCAGGUGUCUAUAUCUUAUUAUUAUUAUCUUAUAAUCCUCAUAAAAUGUUAAAUAUUAGGACAAAAUGAAUUGCCUGGCAACAUGUAAAUGGAGUCAAAUGGCUUAAUUUCAUGUAAAUGGAGUCAAAUUGUAUUUGUCACAUGCGCCGAAUACAACAGGUGUACACCUUACAGUGAAAUGCUUACUUACAAGCCCUUAACCAACAAUGCAGUUUUAAGAAAAAUAAGUGUUAAGUAAACAAUAGAUAAGUAAAAAAUAAAAUCAGUAAAAUAACAGUAAAAAUAACAGUAGCAAGGCUAUAUACAGGGGGUACCGGUACAGAGUCAAUGUGCGGGGGCACCGGUUAGUCAAGGUAAUUGAGGUAAUAUGUACAUGUAGGUAUAGUUAAAGUGACUAUGCAUAGGUAAUAAACAGAGUAGCAGCAGCAUAAAAGAAGAGGGGGUGGACAAUGCAAAUAGUCUGGGUAGCCAUUUGAUUAGCUGUUCAGGAGUCUUUUGACUUGGCGGUAGAAGCUGUUAAGAAGCCUUUUGGACCUAGACUUGGUGCUACGGUACUGCUUGCCGUGUGGUAGCAGAGAGAACAGUCUAUGACUAGGGUGGCUGGAGUCUUUGACAAUUUUUAGGGCCUUCCUCUGACACCGCCUGGUAUAGAAAUCCUGGAUGGCAGGAAGCUUGGCGCCAGUGGAGUGCUGGGCCGUACGUACUAUCCCCUUUAGUGCCUUGUGAACGGAGGCCAAGCAGUUGCCAUACCAGGCAGUGAUGCAACCAGUCAGGAUGCUCUCGAUGGUGCAGCUGUAUAACUUUUUGAGGAUCUGAGGACCCAUGCCAAAUAUUUUCAGUCUCCUGAGGGGGUAUAGGCUUUGUCGUGCCCUCUUCACGACUGUCUUGGUGUGUUUGGACCAUGAUAGUUUGUUGGUGAUGUGGACACCAAUGAACUUGAAGCUCUCAACCUGCUCCACUACAGCCCCGUCGAUGAGAAUGGGGGCGUGCUCAAUCCUCUUUUUUUUCCUGUAGUCCACAAUCAUCUCCUUUGUCUUGAUCACGUUGAGGGAGAGGUUGUUAUCCUGGCACCACACGGCCAGGUCUCUGACCUCCUCCUCCCUCUCAUCGUUGUCGGUGAUCAGGCCUACCACUGUUGUGUCGUCGGCAAACUUAAUGAUGGUGUUGGAGUCGUGCCUGGCCAUGCAGUCAUGGGUGAACAAGGAGUACAGGAGGGGACUGAGCGUGCACCCCUGAAGGGCCCCUGUGUUGAGGAUCAAUGUGGCAGGUCUGUUGUUACCUACCCUUACCACCUGGGGGCGGCCCUUCAGGAAGUCGAGGAUCCAGUUGCAGAGGGAGGUGUUUAGUCCCAGGGUCCUUAGCUUAGUGAUGAGCUUUGAGGGCAGUAUGGUGUUGAACACUGAGCUGUAGUCAAUGAAUAGCAUUCUCACAUAGGUGUUCUGUUGGGGCGAUAUACAAAUUGGAGUGGGUCUAAGGUUUCUGGGAUAAUUGUGUUGAUGUGAGCCAUGACCAGCCUUUCAAAGCACUUCAUGGCUACAGACAUGAGUGCUACGGGUCUGUAGUCAUUUAGGCAGGUUACCUUAGUGUUCUUGGGCACAGGGACUAUGGUGGUCUGUUUGAAACAUGUUGGUAUUACAGACUCAGUCAGGGACAGGUUGAAAAUGUCUUUGAAGACACUUGCCAGUUGGUCAGCGCAUGCUCGGAGUACACGUCCUGGUAAUCCAUCUGGCCCUGCGGCCUUGUGAAUGUUGACCUGUUUAAAGGUCUUACUCACAUUGGCUACGGAGAGCGUGAUCACACAGUCGUCCGGAACAGCUGAUGCUCUCAUGCAUGCUUCAGUGUUGCUUGCCUCGAAGCAAGCAUAGAAGUGAUUUGGCUUGUCUGGUAGGCUCGUGUCACUGGGCAGCUCGCGGCUGUGCUUCCCUUUGUAGUCUAUAAUAGUUUGCAACACCCUGCCACAUCCGACGAGCGUCAGAGACGGUGAAGUAUAAUUCAAUCUUAGUCCUGUAUUGACGCUUUGCCUGUUUGAUGGUUCGUCGGAGGGCAUAGCGGGAUUUCUUAUAAGCAUCCGGGUUAGAGUCCCGUUCCUUAAAAGCGGCAGCUCUACCCUUUAGCUCAGUGCAGAUGUUGCCUGUAAUCCAUGGCUUCUGGUUGGGGUACAUACGGUCACUGUGGGGACGACAUCAUCGAUGCACUUAUUGAUGAAGCCAGUGACUGAUGUGGUGGUGUACUCGUCAAUGCCAUCGGAAGAAUCCCGGAACAUAUUGCAGUCUGUGCUAGCAAAACAGUAAUGUAGCUUAGCAUCUGCGUCAUCUGACCACUUCUUUAUUGACCGAGUCACUAGUGCUUCCUGCUUUAGUUUUUGCUUGUAAGCAGGAAUCAAGAGGAUAUAAUUAUGGUCAGAUUUACCAAAUGGAGGGCGUGAGAGAGCUUUGUACGCAUCUCUGUGUGUGGAGUAAAGAUGGUCUCUUUUUUCCUUUGGUUGCACAUUUAACAUGCUGUUAGAAAUUAGGUAAAACGGAUUUAAGUUUCUCUGCAUUAAAGUCCCCGGCCACUAGGAGUGCCGCCUCUGGAUGAGUGUUUUCCUGUUUGCUUAUGGCCUUAUACAGCUCAUUGAGUGUGGUCUUAGUGCCAGCAUCGGUUUGUGGUGGUAAAUAGACAGCUACGAAAAAUAUAGAUGAAAACUCUCUUGGUAAAUAGUGUGGUCUACAGCUUAUCAUGAGAUACUCUACCUCAGGUGAGCAAAACCUUGAGACUUCCUUAAUAUUAGAUUUCGUGCACCAGCUGUUGUUUACAAAUAUACACAGACCGCCACCCCUUGUCUUACCGGAGGCCGUUGUUCUAUCUUGCCGAUGCAGCGUAAACCCCGCCAGCUGUAUGUUAUCCAUGUCGUCAUUCAGCCACGACUCGGUGAAACAUAAGAUAUUACAGUUUUUAAUGUCCCGUUGUAGGAUAUUCGUGAUCGUAGCGUGUCAAUUUUGUUAUCCAAUGAUUGUACGUUGGCUAAUAGGACUGAUGGAAGAGGCAGAUUACCCACUCACCGUCAGAUCCUUACAAGGCACCCCGACCUACGUCCCCGAUAUCUCAGUCUCUUUCUCCUGCGAAUGACAGGGAUUUGGGCCUUGUCGGGUGUCUGAAGUAAAUCCUUUGCGUCCGACUCGUUGAAGAAAAGAUCUUCGUCCAGUACGAGGUGAGUAAUCGCUGUCCUGAUAUCCAGAAGCUCUUUUCGGUCGUAAGAGACGGUGGCAGAAACAUUAUGUACAAAAUAAGUUACAAAUAACGCAAAACCCCCCACAAAAUAGCACAAUUGGUUAGGAGCCCGUAAAACGGCAGCCAUCUCCUCUGGCGCCAUUAAGUGGAUAACAGGGAGUUUAAUGUUGGUUAGCUAGCUCGAAGGAUUAAUGGCUGUGACAUUAUUCUUAAUCCUUCAGUGCCAUCCAAUCAAAUAUGACAAUCACUCCAGGCACCUCCAUGUAUAUUGCAGCAUUAAUCUUGAGACAUGAUGAUGUCUCUCGUUUUGCAUGAAAAAUAGAUACAAAUAAAAACAAUAUUAGCCGCAAAGCCCUCGUGAUCUAUUAGAGUGAUUUGUUGAAGAGCUGGGGUUUGUAUGCACUCACUAACUGUAAGUCGCUCUAGAUAAGAGCGUCUGCUAAAUGACAAUGUUGUUGGCAGCUGUAGUAUUACAUUUGAGUCAUUCUUAUCCAGAGCGACUUACAGGAGCAAUUAGAGUUAAGCGCCUUGCUCAAGGGCACAUGAACAUAUUUUUCACCUAGUGGGCUCGGGGAUUAGAACCAGCGACCUUUCGGUUACUGGCACAACGCUCUUAACCACUAAGCUACCUGCCGCCCCGUAUUUGUGUGCUACGUUAAAGGGUUUCCCCUGGUGUGUCCCUCCACAUCAUCAUGUCUCUAACACGAUGACAAAGAUCCCAUGCAGUGUUAAUUUCGUCAACAAUAACUAUGACGAAAAAUAUUACUCAACUUCCAAUUUUUCCUGAUGAAAUCUAAUGCUGGAAAUGAGACGAGUUGCCAUAAAAAAAACUAUAAUUGUCACAAAUUAGUUUUCAUUUUUAGUUGAGGAAAAGACUCAUGGACAUUAAAUUUGACAUGAAGCUGCUUUUCAUCUGUAUUGUCCAAUCAUAAGCAUGCAUGGCUUUGCAGAAUACGGAAUGCGAUCCUCUCAUUGGCAGAAUUAAUGUCUUUCAGUUGCCGGUCUGAUUGAGCUGAUCUGCCAGGACACUCAACUAGAAACAAUCAUGUUUACUCUUUCUUACUUUCAUGUAGGUUAUUUUUGCUCUAUUUUCCCAUGUGCACUGUUCAUCUGUGUUGCCACUCCUGCGGUCAGCAAAUGUGAGUGCAGUUGAUUUUUUCGGAUUUGAAAUAUUAAUUUGCUGAAUAUUAGGAGAACAUGAAUAAUUCUUUUGGUAAGGCAUGGUAUGGCUGAACUUAAAAGAAGAGAUACACUACAUGACCAAAAGUAUGUGGACACCUGCUUGUCGAACAUCUCAUUCUAAAAUCAUGGGCAUUAAUAUGGAGUUGGUCCCCCCUUUGCUGCUAUAACAGCCUCCACUCUUCUAGGAACGCUUUCCACUAGAUGUUGGAACAUUGCUGCGGGGACUUGCUUCCAUUCAGCCACAAGAGCAUUAGUGAGGUCGGGCACUGAUGUUGGGCGAUUAGGCCUGGCUCGCAGUCGGCGUUCCAAUUAAUUCCAAAGGUGUUCGAUGGGGUUGAAGUCAGGGCUCUGUGCAGGCCAGUCAAGUUUUUCCACACCGAUCUCGAACAAACCAUUUCUGUAUGGACCUUGCUUUGUGCAUGGGGGCAUUGUCAUGCUAAAACAGUAAAGGGCCUUCCCCAAACUGUUGCCACAAAGUUGGAAGCACAGAAUCGUCUACAAUGUCAUUGUAUGCUGUAGCGUUAAGAUUUCCCUUCACUGGAACUAAGGGGCCAAGCCCAAACCAUGAAAAACAGCCCCAGACCAUUAUUCCUCCUCCACCAAACUUUACAGUUGGCACUAUGCAUUGGGGAAGGUAGUGUUCUCCUGGCAUCCGCCAAACCCAGACUUGUCCGUUGGACUGCCAGAUGGUGAAGUGUUAUUCAUCACUCCAGAGAACGCGUUUCCAGUGUUCCAUAGUCCAAUGGUGGAGAGCUUUACACCACUCCAGCCGACGCUUGGCAUUGCGCAUGGUGAUCUUAAGCUUGUGUGCGGCUGCUCGGCCAUGGAAACCCAUUUCAUGAAGCUCCCGACGAACAGUUCUUGUGCUGACGCUGCUUCCAGAGGCAGUUUGGAACUCGGUAGUGAGUAUUGCAACCGAGGACAGACGAUUUUUACGCGCUACCCGCUUCAGCACUCGGCGGUCCCGUUCUGUGAGCUUGUGUGGCCUACCACUUCGCAGCUGAGCCGUUGUUGCUCCUAGACGUUUCCACUUCACAAUAACAGCACUUACAGUUGACCGGGGCAGCUAUAGCAGGGCGGAAAUUUAACGAACUGACUUAUUGGAAAAGUGGCUUCCUAUGACGGUGCCACGUUGAAAGUAACUGAGCUCUUCAGUAAGGCCAUUCUACUGCCAAUGUUUGUCUAUGGAGAUUGCAUAGCUGUGUGCUCGAUUUUAUACACCUGUCAGCAAUGGGUGUGGCUGAAACAGCUGAAUCCACUAAUUUGAAGGGGUGUCCUUCAAGUGCGGAUCAAGGGACCACAACAGUUGGUUGCUAUGCCGUCCAUUAUGGGGAAACUGUACGUCAUAAUGUGUCAAUGUUUGCAAUAAAAUACUCAGCAUUUCAUAAUCCUUUAGUUUCAUGUAAUCCAGUACUCAAAUGCUCCGCCUUGAUUUCUAAUCACUAUACUUAAUGAUACCGUUUCCUCGGGUUCCUUUCAUUUAUUGGAGAAGUAUUAUAGAUAAUAUACUGUAAAUGUUAGUUAUGUUACAUGACCAGAGAAAACAAUUUGGUAUAACCCAGCUCACACACGUUUUUGCCUGCAUAAAGUAUGUAAUUCAUUUAAAACCCAUAAGAAUCAAAUAGCAAGCUCUCUUCAAAAUAGAUGUGCGCAGCAUGCUAAAAUAGUUCAACCAUCCCCACUGUGUAUCAUACAUAUUUAAUUUUGUUCAACCAGUCUGUGAUUGCUCCAUUCUAAUAAUCUCUGAGAAUACAUUUUUGUACAGAAAGUUUCUUUUGAGUUUUGGUCAGUUUUUUCUCACAUCUCUGAGACCAGGGAAGUCAAUUAAAGAUAUAUAUAUAUAUAUAUAUAUAUAUAUAUAUAUAUAUAUAUAUAUAUAUAUAUAUAUUCUGAACCACUUUCACAACUCUAUUUUGUUAGUCUCCUACAUAUCUAACAUUUUUGAUUGCCUCCACUGCACCAACUCCCCAAGUCCUAAAAUCAAACCCCCCUAAGAAUGGCAUACUGUUAUCUUUUGUUGCUAUACCCAUUCUAUACCCUCGUCUGACCUUCUUGGCCAUCUGGUCCAUUGACAGGCAUCACCACUGUGCUGACCAUGACUACGCUGAGUACCAUAGCCAGGAAGUCGCUGCCUAAGGUGUCCUACGUGACGGCCAUGGACCUCUUUGUGUCCGUAUGCUUCAUCUUCGUCUUUGCCGCGCUGAUAGAAUACGGAACACUGCACUACUUUGUAAGCAACAGGAAGCCAAGCACAAAAAAGGACAAGAAGAAGAAAAACCCGGUGAGUCGUUUAUCCUAAACAAAGUGGGCACACAAUGACUCUACUCAAGUAGUGAAGACAACAUAGUCCAAAUAACUGAGACAAAUUUCAGACACAUUUUGAGCUUAGUGUGUUUGCAAUGAGUUUUGACCUUACCUAUGAGAAUGUGUAUAUAUUAGGAAGAGGCCAGGUCAGGGGGUGGGGAUUACAACAUUCUCCAAACACUGAGUUAUUUCCAGUCUCUGAAAGCCUCACCAAUCACUGUAUUACUGUGUUGCUGUAAUGCAUAGCCUACUACUACUAGGUUCCCUUAAGGGAGCAGUCAUUGUGAGGCCACCUCGUGCCAUGCAGUCUACGAGAGAGAUAGAACCUGUCCUUAAUCCAUACCACAGCUGUGCAGUAGUAUUUUAAAACCUUGUCACAUGACCAGAAGAUGUCGGGGCUUCAAAUCCCCACAAUGUCAUGGUGGCUAAAGUGAAAGCACCAGAGUUAGCUAGCUAGGUACUUAACAGGCUGUGGAAUGCUCCAGUUUCAGCUUCUCUGUAAGAAAGAUUUGCUUUUGGAUAUAAAUGUGUGCAGGGUGAAUGAGUAAUGAUGAUCUGGAGGUGUAAUGCCAGUUUGCUUUCUCUAAGGGGAUGUUCUCAAUGAGGUUCUGCACAUGGUCUGCCAAGAUGUGAUGUGGAAGCCUUUGACUGAGAUCCUUUUGGUCUUCAUGAAUAAAAAAGGAAAUUGAGGAAAUAACAUCCUUUCAUUUCUCAUAGGUUUUGGGUGUAAGGGUCUAACCAUUUUCUGAAAAUUAACAAAUUAAUAAGUAAAUAAUUAUGUCCUAUUUCAAUGUUAUGAUGGUAAUUGUUCCAAUAAUUGUAUUAUGCAUGAAGACAACAACAGUUUAUUUAUAAUAAAUCUGUUAAAUUUAAUGCAUACUGGAACUGAUGAGGUAUUCCAUUAGGACUAAUUGUUUGAUAAACAGGAAAUAAAAUCAGUAAAAAAGCAUUUUUGAUGAUACAGUAGAUUCAGAGUAUAAAGUACUACAAAUCCACAUUCAAUGUGUUUUUCAGAUAAAAAUGCAAUUUUCUUGUCUUGGUGUAACGGGUCAGCUUUGAGCCCUACUAGGAUCAAUAUCACCCCUAAAUCGUUGAUGUCAAGUUUGUAUCAUGGAUAUAGCACAUCUCUAAAGGUAGAAUUGACUGGGGAUCAACCUGGUCUCCAGUGUGAUGUAUCCAGUCAUGCAUCUUCCUCUUCCUGUAUGUGUGUCUCUACAGUAUGUUGUUCCCUUCGUACUACUACAGUGUUAUUUUCUUUAGACAUUCUCUCUGUUUGUCUUUUUACUUUUGUUCUUUUUUGUGUUGUUCUCUUUUAAUUCCACGUAUUCUUUGUUUCCUGUUGGGACAAAAGCUCCUCCGGCUCUUUUCCUCAAAGGUAUAUUGCCUGUGUCUGAGUUUCAUCAAUUGACUGCAUGUGUCUGCUGCAUUUUGCCUGUCUCUGGACCCAGCUAGUGUACCUCACUGCUACAUGUCUGUUUUAGAGACCUUUUCUUUAUCUUCACCUCAGAAUGUCUUCCGCAAUACCACCAAACAAUGUGCUCACUGUGCAGAGGCAGCCAGACGUACUUGUGUAGUGACAACAUUCUGCUCUCUCAUAUAACCAGCCCACACAUGUCCACAGCUAGUAAAAAGAUGGCGCAAAAUGGUUUCAUUCUGUCAUUUAUUUUAUUUUAUUUUUUAUACUGUGCCAUUUUAACAGUAAAGCAGUGGCAACUCUAUUUCCCCUGUCAAGCUAAGCUACCCGUGUGUUUGUGGGGCUUUUAACCUGACGCUUCCUAUAGAAUCAGCAGAGCCUUAAUAGACUGAAAUAGACAACCCCUACACUGUGUUAAGCCUAAUUAGUAGUGAUCAUCUUAAUGGCUCAACACGCAGCAGAGUAGAUUUAGCCCCAGUAAUCUUUAAACAGUCACAGUGCACAGGGUGCUACUGAAGAGCUACAGGUAACUGCCAAAAUAAUGGAAACACCUGAGUAAAUGAGGUAUACAAAGUAUAUUGAAAGCAGGUGCUUCCACACAGGUGUGGUUCCUGAGUAAAUUAAGCAAUUAACAUCCUAUCAUGCUUAGGGUCAUGUAUAAAAUGCUAGGCCAUGCUGCUACCAUGACUAUGCCCCCAUAGGAUGACAAUGCCCCCAUCCAUAGGGCACGAGAGGUCACUGAAUGUUUUGAUGAGCAUGAAAACGAUGUAAACCAUAUGCCAUGGCUGUCUCAGUCACCAGAUCUCAACCCAAUUGAACACUAACAGGGAGAUUCAGGAGCGGCGCCUGAGACAGCGUUUUCCACCACCAUCAACCAAAUAAUGAAAUUUCUCAUGGAAGAAUGGUGUGAAUCCCUCCAAUAGAGUUCAAGACACUUGUAAAGUCUAUGCCAAGGUGCAUUGAAGCUGUUCUGGCUUGUGGUGGCCCAACACCCUAGGAAGACACUUCAUGUAGGUUUUUCCUUUAUUUUGGCAGUUACCUGUAUAUUUAACACUCAAGUAUAAUAAUAAUAAUAUGCCAUUUAGCAGACACAUUUUUCCAAAGCAACUUACAGUCAUGCGUGCAUACAUUUUUUGUGUAUGGGUGGUCCCGGGGAUCGAACCCACUACCCUGGCGUUACAAGCGCCGUGCUCUACCAGCUGAGCUACAGAAUAAAGAAUACAGUGUGCUUUAAAAAACUGAAUCACCCUGAAUCUAUUGUAUGGAAGUAGAACAUUUCUGAAUGUAAAUACCAUUAGUCAGAGGAUACUGUAAGUAUGGUAAACAUUUGAACCAGCCAUUUAUAGGGAGGCCAUUUUCUAUAGCUAUUUUAAAUUAACAAAUAAUCAACUAAAAAUUAACUACAGCUGACACUAAGCUUUGAUUAUAGUGGUAGGGAUCCAGAGUAGGAGCCUAAGGGCUCUAUUCAAUCUGUAAAACGGAACUUCCGCGAUGCGGAUUGAAUAGAGCCCUAAGUGUUUCAGUCAGUUAUUAAUUUUGAGAGGUUGUCUACUUCAUCUGGUUAAAGCUGGAAUGCCACUCUUUUGUUUUGCAAACUCCAGCCACACUGCAGGAUCUGGGUUUGUUAUUCUGCUUGAGCUAGCUUCCACCACAUGCUUCCUUCUCCCGUGCAACCCCCCUUUGAAAACCGAGUCACAUGACCUGAUGCUGCUUCCUGCUGCAAAUCUAGGUUGAAGAUAAAAGGUUAAGACAAUGUAAAUAAUUCCAUGUGGAAGCGUUGAAAAGUAAACAAAUUAAUUGGACCAGCGCCGUUGCUGAUUCUACAGGAUUAAUGAGCGACAGUGACUGGAAGCAAAUGUUAGCAGUACAAAAAGUUUCCCAUCAAAGUGAGAAAUUAUCACAAUCGUAGUGAAUUUUAGCUAACUACUCACCAAACACAUAGCAUAACUGUUUUAAUGUCAUUCUAUUCGUAAAGGAAAUAUAUAUCUACAGCCACUUUAUUACUUGAUUUCUCGACCAUUGGUCACAUUUUCACUGCUAAUCCUGUAGAAUCAGCCACAGCGCUGGUCCAAUUAAUGUGUUUAUUUUCGAACGUGCCACAUGGAAUUAUUAGGUUGUAUUAACUUGUAUAUUUUCGACCUAGCUGCAAAUCCCCUGGUUGUCAAUCAAUCAGAAAAUAAUGUGGAACCAACCAAUCAUGCUUUACAUGUGGUUAUGCAUAAUUUUCAAAGGGACUACACACAUCCUUGUAUUCUAGUGCUGGGCAAAUUUGAGCUGCAGGGAAGGAGCUACAGUCAAAUCAGUGUUUUGAUAUUUUAUGAUGAUACAUGCCUUUAAACAAUUUAACCCCAAUGCUUAUGGCAUUUGAUGGUACUUGACACACAUAUGAUUCAUUUUAUAAGGACAGGACAUUAGGAAAGCAGUAUGAUUACCUAAACAUAGCACUGACAUGACAUCCAUUGUAAAUAUAGCUACAAUAAAGCCUAAUGAAGAGGAAAAAAACUUCCCAAAGAGGCUAAAGGCUAGGGGAUAGGGGCUAGAGAUUAGGGGCUAGGGGUUAGAGGCUAGGGGUUAGGGGUUAGAGACUAGGGGUUACAGGCUAGGAGUUAGAGGCUAGAGGCUUUGGGUUCUGUUCAGUUAGUAGCGAUUCCAUUCAGUUUAUUUGAAGUGGGACAAUACAAUACUGUAUGUAACUGCGUCAUUAUAUUUCUAAAUGAAUCAUACACAAAAUAUUAUGCUGGGUCAGCAAAAACUCAGUCUUAAAGUUAAUCACGAGAGAAGACAUUUGUGCAAAGGUGGCUUGCCAUUAUGAGAUAAAAGCCCAUGAAAAUGCUAAUUGUGCCUCCUUUGACUGAUGGAGCAAAGGACUCGCUGAUGUCACUGGCCUAUUUUAGGAAUCGUCAGAAAUGAAAGGCUGUGCCCUCAAGUCGUGAGCAGGCUUUAAAAGAGGUUGAUUUAACCCAUUUAGGGACAGGAAAUGGAGGAACAGUGAGUCCCUGCUCAAGAGUCUUUCUUAUCAUACGGCUUACAUCAUAAUCCAUUUAGAAUAAAUUCAAAUGUUCCCCCUGUGAAAUCCAUACAAUGGCAUCCACAUACAGAACAAGAAUUAUGUAAUUUGAGUGAAUCAUUAUGCAAAAAGGGACUGUGUUUAUCUUUGGGACUAAUGAUAACCAUGAUACUCCUCGUGUUUUCCCAUGAUGUGCAGCAGCAGAGCUUAAAAUAGGUUGCCCAGCACUAGCAUCAUCUUUCUACUAAAUAAAGCCCAACUACACAAUGUAUCCUACAGAAGACAGAUACUUUGUACUUUUGGCUUUACCCACAGUUGUAAUUUGCAUCGUGUGUUCCAAUUGGAAUAGUCCAUUGUCAGCUUUAAGCCACUCUAAUUAAAUACAGGUACCACUGAUGGGCUUAUUUGUGUUUUACUGAAAUGCUUAAAAAUAUUAAAUUUCCAAGUGAAGGUGCAAAUUACAUUUUGUGUACUAAGAUAGAGACUAAAUUAGGUCCCCCAUGUUUCGCCUCUUAGACUCUAGUCGCUAACUGUGCUCUCUCUGUUAAAAGCAGACCCCUACGGUGGACAUACGGCCUCGCUCAGCCACCGCCAUCCAGAUGAACAACGCCACCCACAUGCAGGAGCGAGAUGAGGAGUAUGGCUACGAGUGCCUGGACGGCAAGGACUGCACCAGCUUCUUCUGCUGUUUCGAGGACUGCCGCUCCGGGGCCUGGCGGCAUGGGCGGUUGCACAUCCGUGUCGCCAAGAUAGACUCGUACGCUCGCAUCGGUUUCCCCACCGCUUUCGGUCUCUUUAACCUUGUUUACUGGAUCUCCUAUCUCUAUCUCUAG